AUGCGAAAUGUCCUGCUCAGCGGCCCAUUCAUCCCUGAAAUUAACGUCGGGUAUAACGUGCAGGCGAACGGGGUCAGCAUUAAUUUCUUAAAAGACCCCUUUUGCUUCAGGGACAAAAGGAUGAAAAUCGUAAAUUCUAAACGGAGUGAAAGGGAUCCCAGUGAAGGGGCCCUUCCAAAUGGUGAAAAUGAAGACACGGUGAACCCUUUGAUAACCCUGGAAGCGACUGAAUUGCAGGGAUGCGUUUAUCAAGGUGGCCGAACAUUUGGGGGAGCUGCGCCAUAUGAAGAUGGCUUAGCAUAUGAGGAUGGGUUAGCAUAUGAGGAUGGCUUAGAAUAUGAAGGUGGAUUGUCAUAUGAAGAUGGCUUGGCAUAUGCAGGUGGCUUAACAUAUGCAGGUGGCUUACCACGCAGGAGCGGUCGUUUCCCGCUUGACGAAUCCAGCAACAUACCCGGGGAAGUGAAGAAUGCCUCUCUCUAUGACGAGAAAAUGAAGUAUGCCCUGCAGAGCGCAGAAAGGGAAAGGAUCUUCGAAAUGCCAAAGCUGGAUAUAAGAAACAAAUAA